AUGUUUGGAGACCUCCUCAUGGACGAUGAGCACGCUGAGCACGUCGGUGAGGGGAGUUACUUCCGGCUGGAGUCGCCCACUGUGGGUACUCCUCGGGCGUGUCUCGAGGUGAAAGAUAACCAAGAGGGGGACGCCGCGCAAGACACACACGAUGUUCACUGUAGAGUACUGGGUAACCCCCCUUCGAGGAGGAAAGCAAAAGGAAGAAGAACCCUUUGCAGCAGCUUCUCCAAAACGGCUAGCCUCCUCUGCAACGAAGUCCUUUCCAAGUCGUUCCAAACGAUGGUAUCCUACGUCAUCACGACGUCCUUUUUUAUUUUCCUAAAUCUGUACGUGUCAAAUUCGUGUACCUACGAAGAGAUAGGAGGGUUCGGAGUAGCCGUUUCCGUCAUUACGUUGCUCAGUGCCGUUGUGGACGGGGUGGGUAGCAGCCUAGAUUACUUCUGCAGCUGCUCCAUCGGGAUGGCCAACACAGAUUUGUCUCUUCUUUACUUGAAUAUAGCCUACUACACGUUUUACUUGUUCUUCGCCAAGGUGCUGCUCGUUUUUUUCCUGGCCAAGGGGCUCUUCCUCCUGUUCGUGCACUACCUGUACGGGGGAAGCGGCGGUGGCGGUGGCGGUGGCGGCAUGCUGGACCUGCUGCGCAUACUGGGCACCCUCCUCGGUGGGCGCCAAAACUGCGAGCACCUGCAGAUGGUCCACGUGUUCUGCUCGUCCCUGCAGAUACUCCUCGUCUCGUUCUUCCCCCAAUUUAUUUACGAAUCGACCAGGCGCUACCUAAUUCUUCAUAAUUAUAUAUACCCUAGUUUGUUCACCUCCGUUGUCUCCUUCAUUUUUUUGAACCUUUUUGGCUACCUCUUUGUCUUUUCCUUUGACUUGAAGUACAUCGGUGCGUGCCUGUCUCUGCUGCUGACCAAUGUUUUUAACUUUUGUUGCGUCGUAUAUUUCUUGAGGAUCCACUUGGCCAGGUGUGCGUCUUCUGCGUGGGGGGUGCACCAGCUGCAGGAGGGGGCUUUGCUGAGCGGCGACCACUACGUCGAGGUGGGGGGGGGAGCGGCCAUCGAAGAGGAGGGAGAAGCGGAUAGCAAAGAGGAUGACGAAGAGGAGGGAGAAGCGGAUAGCGAAGAGGAGAGCGGAGCCGAAUGUGAAGAAGAGACACUCAACGGAUCACUCAACGGAGCAUGCGACGAAUCACUCAACAGAUCAUCCAACGGAUCGCACAACAACUCCCGUUGCGCCACUGGCGAAGGGCCGCUGCACAGCCUGGCCUUCCUCUUCUUCCACAAGCCGCCGGACGACGACCGCAAAAGGGACUUCAUAAAGACGACGCGCACCAACGUGCGAAAUAUAUUUUUCGAAAUCCUCUCCUUCGAGUUCCAGCUCUUCGAAGCCACCUACCUCAGCAUGACCUCCGUGGCCACCUUCGUCCAAAUCAACAACAUCCUCAAUUUGGUCUACUACGUCUCCAAUUCGUACGGCAUCGUGCUCAGCAAGCUGAUUGGCAUCUACGCCUCCUCGCGGGGGGGGGGCAAACAGAAGAGACGUAACAGACGGAGCGGGCGGAUCAGGCGAAGCAAAAUGGACGGGCAUAACAGGCCUAGCAAAGUGGACGGGCAGAACAGGCCUAGCAAAAUGGACGGGCGGAACAAACCGGGUGGAGGACGCCACAAUGCCGCCCUGCGAACGGCUCCGCACCACCCGCAGAAGCACACCCUGUGUGAAUCAAAACCCCUAAGGAACAGAAGCAGAAUUGUUAUUACCCUACUGGACAUAGUGCUGGCCUUUCUGCUGAUGCUAACCUUCCUGUCCCUCUGCCUGGUGGUGGUGUACCUAUACAGAGACGAAAUAAUCCCCUUCGUUUUUACAGAUGUUAACAUACAGAAGAAGCUCAAGGGAAUCAUUUUCGUUUUCGUUUUGGAGCUCUUCCUAGAAGUGCUGGCCUCCCUACUCAAUAGCAUUAUAAAGGGUCUGAGGCUACAGGAGGAAAUCACCACCUUCACCCUUUUGAAUUUCGUUUUCUGCAUGCAUCCCCUGGGACUCGUGCUGACCUUCUUCCUGCAGCUGGACAUUUAUGGCUUCGUGUAUUCUAACCUCGUCAGCAUGGCUGUGCAGGUCGCCUACUUGGUUGUCUUCCUCGCCCUUCGCGCGCGCGGGCGGUAG